AUGUUGGUGUUAAACUGUUCUACCAAAUUACUGACACUGGAAAAAAUGUUGAAGAGUUACUUUCCUGAGUCGCUCAAGGUUUAUGGAGCUGUGAUGAACAUAAAUCGUGGGAAUCCCUUUCAAAAGGAAGUGGUAGUGGAGUCAUGGCCAGACUUCAAAGCUGUUAUCACCCGGCGCCAGAAAGAGGCAGAGACAGACUACCUGGACCAUUAUACUAAUGCCUAUGCUGUGUUCUACAAGGAUGUCAGGGCUUACCAACAGCUCUUGGAAGAACAUGAUGUUAUCAACUGGGAUCAAGUUUUUCAAAUACAAGGGCUUCAGAGUGAAUUAUAUGAUGUUUCCAAAGCUGUUGCCAAUUCAAAGCGGUUACGGGUAAACCUAACCUCCUUCAAGGCUGUUCAUUUUUCUCCUCUUUCAACUCUGCCGGACACCAGUUCCCUAAUGGGUUCUUCCCCACAACUAACUUACCUGAGUGUUGCUGACGCUGAUCUUCUCAACAGGACUUGGUCACGGGGUGGCAAUGAACAGUGCCUCCGGUACCUCAUGAACCUCAUCUCUUGCUUUCCCAGUGUAUGUCUCCGCGAUGACAAGGGAAACCCAGUCUCCUGGGCUCUCACAGACCAGUUUGCCACCAUGUGCCAUGGCUAUACCUUACCAGAGCAUCGCAGAAAAGGUUAUUGCAAGCUGGUGUCCCUCACACUGGCCAGGAAGUUACAAAGCCAGGGGUUCCCCUGUCAGGGUAAUGUCCGGGAUGACAACAUGGCUUCCAUAAGCAUAAUGAAGAGUGUCCAUGCCGAGUUCUUGCCUUGUCGUUUUCAUAGGCUUAUUCUCACCCCUGAAACUUUCUCUGGCCACAUUUCCCUCUAG